AUGCGCAUGUUCUCAGGUAACGCUAGUCGCCUGAUUUCCAUCAGUGCGUUGUCUCUUUCAGGGGCGGUAUUGGUUUGCCUGUCAGUUGUUUUCGCUGGAUGUACUUCGCCAUCCUCUCCGUCCCAUCUAUACUUCUUAAAGGUCAAUCUGAGCAAUUUCCCGGAGAUCGGGGAUCUCAACCUUCGCCGUUCAAUAGAUUUGACUGCAGUUUCUUCAAGUGUUACAGAUGAGGCCACGAGUGUCGCCAAUAGUGCGACGGAAAGUCUGGAUAGCGCAGCGGAUGAGGCGUCAACUGCAGUUGAGAGUGCAGCAACAAAGAUUUCUACCGCAACAAGCGGGGUCUUCAGUGAAGCUAGUGAUGCCUUAGAAACGUUGGAAAAACAACUUCAGUCAGACUUGCCAGCCUUCUAUAAGGUUGGUCUGUGGGGAUAUUGCGAAGGUAAUGACACCCAAGUCAGUUCAUGUUCUAACCCCAGUACUUCUUUCACGUUCAACUUCUCUGGGAUAUUGAAUUCUUUCUCCACUGAAAUCGUCGACCUGAUUUCCGAUAUCGAUGCCGAAGUCUUGACUGGAUAUCGCGACGUAUCCAGAGCAAUCAUUUGGCUCUACAUUUUUGGUUUCAUCGGGGCAACCCUCACCACACUUCUGGGUAUCAGAAAAGUGUUCUUCCAUGGAGGAAACAGGCUGCUUAUUUUUCUCGGCAUGAUCUCCAUGACUCUAACUACCGCUGCAACUAUUGGUAUAACGGUGAUCUACGCUUUGAUCACUGCUGGUAUCAAGACCAUUUUAGGUACUUUUGGAGCUUCAGCCAGUCUUGGGAGUCAGACAUUAGCCGCUACCUGGCUGGCAGUGGUCUUUUCUAUUGCUAGUCUAUUAAUAUGGCUGAUUGAACUGUGCUGCUAG